CGGGCUGAGACGGAGAAAUCGGGCGCUGAAGUCUGAGGCUGCUCACACACCGGUCGGAGGGAAACCAUCAAUGAUGUCUUCCCCGUGCAUGUGCUCCCACAACUUCAUCCCUUGAGACGCGCCACUCCCACAUCACAAAGGUCGACAGGUGCAGAUAUUUGGUGAUAAUGAGGAAAUAAAAAGCUCAGUAGUUGCUCAACCUUCACAGACUGUCCUGAAUCCUACUGGCUGUUGGCCCCAGACACCCUCAUACUUCACACAGAGUUCGUCACAUUGCGACAUUUGGCAGUUGAAGGCUUUGCCCUCCGGCCCAAAUAGAACAAAAAGACGUUCCGCCCCCUCGCCUUAGUCUGUCUUAUCAAAUGCCCAAAAACAGCAAGGCCGUCAAGAGAGAGCUUGACGAUGAUGUCACUGAGUCUGUCAGGGACCUGCUUUCCAAUGAGGACGCCUGUGAUGAUUCCUUCAAGAAGGCAUCGUUGAUCGUCGACAGCCCCGAAGGGGAAGGCAAGGAGUGUGAUGUGGAGGAAGGAGGCUCAGAUGGCGAGGAGGAGGAGCGUCCAGCCUGGAACAGCAAGCUCCAGUACAUUCUGGCCCAGGUUGGAUUCUCUGUAGGCCUGGGCAACGUCUGGAGGUUCCCCUACCUGUGUCAGAAGAAUGGAGGGGGAGCGUACCUGGUGCCCUAUCUGAUCCUGCUCGUAUUGAUCGGCAUCCCGCUGUUCUUCCUGGAGCUGGCGGUGGGUCAGCGGAUCCGCAGGGGCAGCAUCGGGGUGUGGAACUACAUCAGCCCUCGGCUGGGAGGCAUCGGCUUCGCCAGCUGUGUGGUGUGCUUCUUCGUGGCUCUCUACUACAAUGUCAUCAUCAGCUGGAGUCUCUUCUACUUCUCCCAGUCCUUCCAGCAGCCGUUACCGUGGCAUGAAUGUCCACUUGUUAAUAACAAGACCAGCACAUUCGUGGUGCCAGAGUGUGAGAAGAGCUCAGCCACCACUUACUACUGGUACCGUAAGGCCCUGGACAUCUCUGACAGCAUCUCCGAGGGAGGAGGACUCAACUGGAAGAUGACACUGUGCCUGCUGGCUGCCUGGUCCAUGGUCUGCCUUGCCAUGAUCAAGGGAAUCCAGUCUUCUGGAAAGGUGAUGUACUUCAGCUCCUUGUUUCCAUACGUUGUUCUGAUCUGUUUCCUGGCUCGGGCGCUGCUCCUGAAGGGCUCCGUGGACGGGAUUCGUCACAUGUUCACACCCAAGCUGGAGAUCAUGCUGGAGGCCAAAGUGUGGCGAGAGGCGGCCACACAGGUCUUCUUCGCGCUCGGUCUUGGCUUCGGCGGCGUCAUCGCCUUUUCCAGCUACAACAAGCGCAACAACAACUGCCACUUUGAUGCCGUCUUGGUAUCAUUCAUCAAUUUCUUCACCUCCGUGCUGGCCACCCUGGUGGUGUUUGCUGUGCUGGGCUUUAAAGCCAACAUCAUGACCAGCAAAUGCAUUUCUCUGAACACCAAUAAGAUUGUGGCUUUGUUGGGGAAUGGCAUUGAACCGAGCCUCAUCCCCCACCACAUAAACCUGACUCAGGUCAGUCAGGUCAGCGCUGACGACUACCAUCAGAUGACCGAGAUUCUCAGAGGCGUGAAGGAGAACGAGUACCAGAACCUGGGCCUGGAGCCCUGCAGCAUUGAAGCCGAGCUCAAUAAGGCGGUCCAAGGCACAGGUCUGGCCUUCAUUGCCUUCACAGAAGCCAUGACCCACUUCCCCGCCUCGCCCUUCUGGUCGGUCAUGUUCUUCCUCAUGCUGAUCAACCUGGGCCUCGGCAGCAUGUUUGGCACCAUCGAGGGAAUUCUCACGCCGCUGAUCGAUGCCUUCAAAGUCCGCAAGGAGUUUCUGACGGUGGGAUGCUGUACGUUGGCCUUCUCCAUCGGCCUCCUGUUUGUUCAGCGCUCAGGGAACUACUUUGUGGCCAUGUUUGAUGACUACUCCGCUACUUUGCCCCUGCUCAUCGUUGUCGUGCUGGAGAACAUCGCGAUCGCCUGGUUCUAUGGGAUCGAUAAAUUCUUUGAAGACUUGAAGGACAUGCUGGGCUUCACUCCAUACCACUUCUAUUAUUACAUGUGGAAGUACAUCACACCCAUCCUGCUGAUCGUCCUCCUGUGCUCCAGCUUCAUCCAGCUGGCCAUGACGCCACCCAGCUAUAGUGCCUGGAUAGAGGAAGAGGCCAUAGAGAAGACCCUCCACUUCCCUCCGUGGGGCAUUGCCGUCUGCAUCUCCCUGGUGGUGAUGGCCAUCAUGCCCGUGCCGGUGGUCUUCUGUUUGCGCUACUUCAACAUCAUUGAUGAGAACAGCGGCGGCCUCUCCUCUGUCUCCUACAAGAAGGGCCGCGUCAUCAAGGAGAGCCCCCGGCCGGAGGACGACGAUGACGCCAGCCUGAUCCACGGCAAGUCCCCCAGUGAGGCCCCCUCACCUAUGCCCGGCAAAAGCAUCUACCGUAAGCAAAGCGGAAGCGCCGACCCGGACACAGCACCCAAUGGCCGCUAUGGUAUCGGUUACUUGAUGGCCGACAUGCCGGACAUGCCCGAGUCAGACUUGUAGACUGGAAUAGUUGGCCAUCCUUCCCUCUCACAUCUGCGUGCGUUUAGUCGGCCGUAUCAUCGUUGUGUGUUCCUUUUGCAACUUACAUUUUUGUAGAUAUGGUAGAUGCUCUGUUAUUUGUCGUCUCUGAACCUUAUGUGACUGUACACCUUAAAACGAGACCAGGGUGGAGAAGUAACACCAACCUUAUCUAGUUUGACUGCACUGCCCCCCCCCACCCCCCCACCCCCCCCCCCGCGCCCGCCCGGAGACGGAUCCAGUACGAUGCUCCAGCAGGACACUCCAUCCCACAGCUGGAGCAGCAGUGUUCAUCAUGUCCUUACGUGUUUAGUGCAUUAUGAUGAAGUGAAAUGAUGAGUCAGCGUUUCUGAAUCAGCUGGAGGACUCCACCCCCAUGAUUGCUGAGACAAAAGUGUGCCUAAGUGAUUUAUAUUUGUUUAUAGAAUACACGGACGCUGUACAUUUUAUGUAUUCUGUAAAUAUAAUAUAAAUAUUAUAAAUAUAUUUAUCUUAAUAGUUUGGAUAUCAAAGCAGUGCUUUUAAGGUCCAGAAGUACUUCAGACCCUUAACUCUCACUCAUCUCUUUGUUUUUCUACUAACCUGUCCACGUCAUGGAGGACCGAGUCCUCCUUGUAAAUAUGUUUUCCAUCUACUUGCUUCAGAUGCGAUGUUUUUUCCUUCCUGAUUCAAAAUAAAAGGUUUACAAAACAAAA